AUGGGGGACGCCAAUCUGAAAGUUGGCCAAGUCAUUGAGCUUAAUGACGGCCGCAUCGGCGUGAUUCGCUUCAUCGGCGACACCGCCUUUGCCGAGGGUCUUUGGGUCGGCGUAGAGUUCGACGAUCCUUCUGGAAAAAACGAUGGCUCGGUACAAGGAACGCGGUAUUUCGACUCGAAGCCCGGCCAUGGCAUGUUCUUGCGGCCUAUGGGCGUGGCCCGCAUCGUCGAGGAGCCGAAGCCGAAAGCUCCUGCCAGACCUGCUGCGGCAAGGCCUGGGGCUCCUGGAGCCGUCGCCAGGAGGGCUACUGGGUCAAUCGAUCAAGGCAAAGGAAGGCCAUCGAGCAUGGUAGCAGAGUCUUCGACUCCGAGGCCGAGGAUGGGGAGUAGGCCGUCCAGCAUCGACACGAAAAGCCCUGCGGCUGUCUCCCACCAAGAGGCCCGCAGCCGGCUCGAUUUCUCGCCCGCGUCCAAGCAUAAGCGGCGGAACGACAGCGCCCCCAAGGCGUACUUCAACAACAUCGACGGGUGCCGCAAAGUCGGCGACGGCAAGCGCAGCAACCGCCGCCAAACAUGCCCCCAGGCCAUCUAUCAGCGGCGCCCGGACUGGCUUGGCCAAACCAGUGUCGCGAAGCCACGUCCGGGCGCGAGUCCUCCAUCUUCCAGCAGAACCUCUGCCUCCCCCUCGGCGCCAGUGGCCCAACGGAGCGUUAGCGCCGUGCAGAAGGACGCCGAGAUCAAAGAGCUCCAGACAAAGCUCCGAGUAUUGGAAGAGAAGCGUGCUGAGGAUAGGGAGAAGAUCGCAACGCUGGACAGGGUGCAAGAAGAGCGCAACAAGUACGAGCAAAUCAUUCAAAAGCUGCAGACGAAAAUUCAGCCGCUCUCGCAGGAAAACAAUGAGCUCAAGAAGAACUUGAAGGAGGCAGAGUCAAGGCUCGAGCAGGUUGAAGCCAUCCAAGCUGAGCAUGAGACGAUUCUGGAGAUGGCCACCUUGGACCGCGAAAUGGCUGAAGAACAGACAGAAGCGUACAAGGCUGAUCUCGAAGCCGUCAAGCAGCGUCUUGAGGAGUUGGAGCUGGAGAACGAAAUUCUAAAGGACGAAAACCAAGAACUUGGGCAGGAAAUGAACCCGGAGGAGAGGACGAGCAUGGGAUGGCUUCAGUUGGAACGCGAGAACGAGCGGCUGCGUGAGGCUCUCCUGCGUCUGCGCGACAUCACCCAGGAGUCAGAAGCGGAGCUGCGCGAUCAGCUCAAGAGCUUGGAGGAAGACAACCAGGAGCUUUCUGGUGUGAAGGAGCAGUAUGACGAGACCAAGACGAAGCUUCUGGAAGCAGAGGCGGACAUUGAGGAUCUGCGGCAACAGCUCGACGCUGCUCUUGGAGCCGAGGAGAUGAUCGAAGAGCUGACCGACAAGAACUUGGCUUUGAACGAGUACAUCGAGCAACUCAAGGUCUCGAUCGAGGAGCUCGAGACACUCAAGGAGCUCAACGACGAACUCGAGGUCAACCACGUUGAGAACGAGAAGCAGCUUCAGGAGCAGAUUGACUUCAAGGAUGCCAUCAUUGGCGACUUGGGCCGCCGCGCUAUGCAGCAAGACGAGACCAUCUCAGACCAAGAGUACACCAUCUUGCGCUUCCGCGAGCUGGUAACCAACCUGCAGUCCGACAUGGAAGACAUGAGAGCUUCCAAGGAGAUCAGCGAAACGCAGGCGCAGGAUCUGAACAACCGGUCGAGAGCUAUGAUGGAUCUCAACAGACAGCUCCAAGCUUCUGCCUCCAGCACCAAGAUGAAAACCAUCGACAUGGAGCUACGGAAACUUGAGGCCCAGGAAGCCGCUGAGCAUCUCUCCAUUGUCCAGCUGUUCCUUCCGGAAGCCUUCCAUUCGGAGAGAGAGUCUGUUCUGGCCCUACUCCGUUUCAAGAGAAUUGGGUUCAAAGCAUCGCUUGUGCACAACUUCGUCAAGGAUAAGGUGUCUGGAGAUGCACCGAUUAACGAUGAGGACAUCUUCGAAGCUUGCGACGUCCUCGACAAGCUCACUUGGAUUUCGGCCAUGUGCGAUAGAUUCGUCACAGCUAUCUCGACAUGUUCUCUGGAUCAGUUCGCCAGGUUUGAGGGUACUCUGUAUGAGCUUGAGCCUGUUGAACGCGCCCUCAACGGUCACAUUGAUGGUCUUAAGAGAGAUGAGCUCAAAGAGAAGCAGGUUGCGGAGGAGCUUCACAGAUCUAUUGCUGUCAUGUCUCACCUUGCUGAAACUCACCUUGGUGAUGGCCUUGAGGGUUAUGCCAACGAUAUUGUCAUGCGUACGCUGCUUAUGCAAAGUCACCUGGAGACCACCGCUGCUGCCCUCAUGCUUGUCAAAGGAGAAGUCCAGACUCGCAUUCCAUCACAGGGCGAAGAUGAAUAUGAUGGAGUCGACCGCUUCAUCUCUAAGACUGAAGAGAUCAUCGCGCAGUCUCGCAGCGCGAAGGUUAUUGUUGGAAAGGCUCUUCGCACCCUGCAAGAGCUCAAGGCUCGCUCGCUUACUCUGCAGAACGACACUCUCAACUCAUUUGAAGAGUGCCAAGAUGCGUCUGACGAUCUUGCACAUUAUGUUCGGAAGAUGGGCGAGAACGUGUUCCAGCUGCUCCAUGAAGACACCCGCACCGAACCUUUCACUAUCAGCGAGGUCCGCAGUGCCAUGUUCAAGGCUUCUGAGGAGGUGUUUUCCGUGUCAGAAUCUGAGAUGUAUGCGACCUUUGCGGCCAGGCUUCGCAAGCUUAGCGAGGACCUUACCGAGCUUGUCAACAUCACUUCCGACCUUGAGCUCACUGUUGAGUUCGAGAAGCACCCUGCACCUUGGGUCCUGCGGUCCAAGGAGCUCCAGGACAGCAAGAUCGUGUCUGUGGACACGGAAGAGGAGGUCCGUCGCCUCAAGGAAGAAGUCCACGCCAGAUCCAUGCAAAUCAAGCUGCAAGAGCAGAAGCACGAGGAAGCAGCCGUCAAGAUCGAGCUCCUCGAAAGCCGCACGCGCGACUCAUCCAAGAAGGCGCAGCGCAUCACCGAGCUCGAGAAGAAGAUCGAAGAGAACAAGAACCGGGAGAAACAGCUCGCCGAAGCCCUCGAGACCCAAGUCCGCGAUCUCGCCGCCCUCGAGACGGAGAAGGAGAAGUGGAAAACACAGGCAGAACAGGCCAAGGCUAUCGAGGCGGCCAUGGGCGGCGAAGGCAGGCGCGACUCUGGCGGCGAGAAGACGGUUGCUACGAAGCGCGAGAUCGAUGCGCUCAAGACGGAUAUCCAGUAUCUGGAGGCGGCCAACAGGUUCUUGCGCCAGUCGAACCGCCGCGAGCACAUCGGCAAGGUUGCGGCCAGCACGUCAUGGCUGCGCACUACGCUCGUGCCGCCGAGCAAGGUGGCGGCAUCGGCGGCGGAUGGUGCGGCGCAAAAUGCCGAAGCCAUGCCUAGGCGCAGGCUUGCGGCACUGCAAGAGAUCACAAACUUGCCCACUGUUUCGAAGCUGGUGAAUUUGAAGGACACUGGGGACUCGGAGGAGGAAACGGGCGCGGACACUGCUGGCGAGAACAUUCGUCCGAAGAAUAGUAAGCUCAGGUGGAGGCCGAUGAAGAGCACGCCGCAGUGGCAGCUUAGCGAGCAGGAGCUUAGGAGGGCAGAGGCGUGGGAGGCGCUGUGGGGCGGAAAAGGUAUGGGUGGAUUGUAUGACGAUGGGGGCAUGGACACUCCGUGGAGUGUGAGCACCGGAGCUGUGGGGAUAGUGCGGUGA